AGCACACAUGACACAGGCAUCAUGGAUGUCGAGGUUCCUGGAAGAGGGAUCGGACUUUUACCAAGCCCGUUGAGUUCAAAUUAGCCACAUUUUCCCCUUAGCGAGAAAUAUUCUUUAUGUCGAACAAAGAAAAGUACUCAUCGGAUGGUAAGGGCCGCCGUAACGAGUCCAGGUAGGGAUAUUUUUGCUUGCAUCUUCAUCGAUAGCUGAUUUGAUGGCAAUGCCCCUCUUUAAUACGCCGGUUUAUUUGGGGUGAUUUGUCAUCGGCAUGUGUCUUAGUAGUGUACAAUUUUGGGCUUGUUAGCGCACUUUUAAAUGCACUCUUUUCUUGUCCAGGAACUGUAGCCAAGAUAACGUUGGUGAUGACAGCGCAGACAUGUAAGUUGUACAAUCCUGUACUUGUGAAAAUCUAAUUUAUAUUACAAGCUUCGAUUGAACGCCAAAUAUGAUAUUUCAGCGUGUAAUUUUAUGUGUUGUAAAUCCUACUUGUAACGCGUUUGUAGGCAGAGUAUUUUGUCUAAACUAAAUGCUGAUCAGUCUCCCUUUUCACGUGAAACUAAGAUCAUGUUAGUGGUGUUAUUGGCAACUCAAACUUAAAGGCACCAAUUCUUUUUAUCGUCUUGGCAACACCAUGCUACCUCAACGUGGAUUUUUAUGCUAUUAUUUAAUGUGGUGUAAUGCUCAUUAGUUCAAACACUUUCGAUUUCUUGUAUGAGGACCUUCUUUGUUCUGAUUUGCGUGUUAAUCUGGCUUUCAUUGCGUGGGGGCGAGAAAAAUUACUCUUGCCAUGUGGUGUUUUGAAUUUGUUGGACACCAUUGAUGACGAAUUAUUUAUUGUGUAGAGCGAUUGUGGUGUUAAUAGCACAGCUAUGAUGUGAAUUAUGUAAAUCAGUUCGAUUUUAUUCGUGCACAUGGAGUUAAGAUAAUCUAAGCUUAAAAUUACAUAGGACACUCUUGCAAUAAUUUAAAUUUUGGCUAAUUAUUCAUAGAAUUUAUGUACAUGUAACAGAUACAGAUGCUACUGAUACUUUCAUGGUUUUCUUUUGAGGGAGAGAGGAGGGGGGGAAGUCCUAUUUUCCUUAUGCUUUUAAAGGAUCAUAUUCAGAGUUUCCUCUUUAACCCUAUAACUCCCAGAAUGGGGUAAUCUGUAGUUUCUCCUUAUGAUAUCCCUAUAUUGUGCAGCAAACAAGAGAAUACUCAAACUUAUCAGGUAGCAGGUUCCAAGAUCUAUUUUUAAAAUGUUACCUAUUGGCAACCUUCAUUGUGAAAUGGUCGCCAUUGAAAAUUUUGGUCACUUCACACCCCUCCCCCCUUCCCUCUAUGGUCACCAAAACAGUCACAAGUUGGAGCACUGUGUACAAGUUGUUAUCCUGAUCUUACAUCAAAUUUCCAAGGUAAUGGGUAGCAGCUUGAGAAGAUAUUUAACACUCAGAUCUUGGCAUUUAACGUAGAAACAUGUCUCACUAUUAUUGGUUUCAUCCAAUUUCUUCGCAAAUGGCUGCAAAUUAAAAAAAGUAGAAAUCAGCAUUAUAUUAGUCUCAGUCUUCAUGCAUUGUCUUCACCCUCCAACUCCCAUUGGUGACCAAGACAGAAUUUCUCCUUACCAUAUUAAAACAAUAUCAACCAGACAAGUAAUCAGAAUAAAGAAAAGAUAUCAAUUAGGGAAUUGGUUGUUGAUCCAAUACCAAAUUCUCCAAACUAACAUCAUAGAAAUUGUAUGGCAGACAGUAAGGAGAAUUACUGAUUGGAUCUUGGAUCAUGUACUUGACUGCUUAGAGAAGUCUUUGUAUCCUAAUCAAACUUUUAACAACCUUUGCCAAAACAUUAUUAAUUGAGAACUGAAGAAAUGGUGGGACUUUAUUUUUCUACUUUGUUCUACAUCAGUUAAAUUUUUUUGGCUGAGAUGAUGUAAUUUGAUGCAUAACCUUGAGUCUGAGAAGUGAAAUGAUUAUUUGGAAAAAGUAUUGAAAGAUGAGUCUUUAAUUUUGCUCCCAAAAAAGUGUACAAACCCUAUACAUUUGAAGGAAAACUUAUGUGUGCCAAUACAGAAAUAUGAAACAAAAUUAAGAUUGAAUCUGUAUUUCACUGGUUACAUCCAGGCAUAAGGAAAAAAUAAUAGGGAAAUAGAGAGCAUUUAGGUAAAUGCCUUGGCUAUUGCAUUGCAUCAUGGGUUACUGGCAAUAUAUUAUUUGCAGUGAUGUACAUGUGCAGUGGCAUGUAUCAUUUAUCUUUUUACAGGAAGCGAGCUGCCGAGCAGAAGAUAAAGAACUAUUUUUUCCAGCUGACAGAUGGUUGUGGCUCCCAUGAAUGUAAAAAUGAGUACUGUGCAUCCAGUGGAAGAAAGCAAACCUCCAAGGAUGAUGCUGCAGCUUUGGCAUUACAGUUAUUCAUGAAGAAGGCCCGUCUCUGUGAACCUCUGCAAGAUAAAAAUCACAAAGGUAUGAUUAUACAGUGAUUCGGUAAGAUUUUAGGGUUUUCAAGAAAGUUCAAGACUUGGUUUAUUAUCAAUUUGGUACUGAGGCAAUUAAAUAAAACCACAUAAACUAAUUUUAGAAAGUACAGUUGUACAUACUUUGACAAUGAAGCCCUUAAUUGUUAAACAAAUCAAAUUAAAUUAUGAUGUUUAUUAUGUACAAAAUUAGAUGACAGGAAACUUUGGAGAUUGUCCUUAUUGUGGAAGGUCUCUGUAUAACAUAGGAAAAAUAGGAAAUAUUAACUACAGUGUGAUAAAAUAAAAUUGUAAGAACUAGCAAGAGUUUAGCUUACUUUCAGCAAAGGCAAACAAAUCAGAAACAACCAAAUUUUUUUCUUAAGCUUGAAAGUGUCAGCUUUUCAAAAUUGUUUAAGGCUUUUAAUUUACUUUUACCAACAUGUAGUUGAUAUUCAGUGAAGUGUUUCACUUGCCAGGGGAUGCAACACAACAUCUUAGACUUUCAAAACUUUCUUCAUUUAUAUGUGCUUUAUCUAGCUUUUCCUUGGCAUCAUUAAUUAACUUGUGUGGUAUCACAUAAUUUUGUAAGAGUUUGUUUCAUGACAUCAUUGAUAUUUGUUACUCUUUUCCCUCAUUUUUAUGUAAGGAAAGUUUUUUUGUGACAUUAAUGAAAUAUUGUUGCAUGGCAACUGUUAGCCCAAGGUAACUAUUAAUUUAGUUUUUGAUGAGUAGGGGAAUUAUGAUAUGUAAGCAUUGGAGGAAGUAGUAGGGCAUUUAACAUUACUUCUACUGACUGAUCGUUUGGCAUUGUUUACGAUUGUUAGUUCCAACACAGGAGGCACCAUUUCUCACAGAAAAAUCAGUUUUGAAAAACCUUGACUCAUUUGCGGAAGAGGGAAGCUACAAGAAGCUUGUACACAACAUUGGCAUAGUGUUUUCUAGUUCUGAAUCACUGAACAAAAGUUUCCUGUUAGAUUCAGCAAGUAGGCAAAACUCAGGGACCAAUGUUGACAUAGAGGCUGUUCGGCGUAUGUAUGCAGCCCUGUUUAAAACAGGAGAUUCCUCUGUGGAGAACUCAUUAAUAAAUUCCCUGGUUGCCUUAUCCCCAACUCUGGAAGUGGAAAUGCGAUUCAAGUCACCAAGCAAUGAUCCAAACUUCUUGAAUCAAUUUGUGAUUAUCAUGGAAAACACUAUGUUACAGAGUCCAGAAUAUUUAGAUCAAGCUCUUCCUGGUUUUCUGAAGGCCAUGGCGUUACUGUCUGCUAAACAACAAGCAAACUUAGUGCAUAUCUGGUCACAGUUUUCAAGUCAGGAAAUUCGACGAAUGGUUGAAACACUUCAGCAGCUUGUGACAUAUCAAGUUUUAACAGGACCUUGUGCUACAAGCACUGCACCAGUACAAGAGGAUGAUGCAAUAGUAGCAGCAACCAAAGUCAUGAAACUUCUGUAUUAUGCAAGUGUAAUGGGUGGAAUCUUUGAUCAAACUUGCUUAAGCAACAGCCAUGAUGGAGCAACGGGAGGUGAUAAUGAAGAGGACCCUCUAGUUAAGGAAUUGAAAAUUGAUGUACAAGACUGUCGCCAACCAUUAGUUAAAUACCAAGAGUUUGUUAAUGAUCCGUUAAAUGACCAAAUUGAAGUAGAUCGUGAUUAUACCUACUACAAACAUGAGAAGGGGACAAAGUUUUCAUUUCUAAAGUACAACUUCAUCCUUUCUACGGUUACAAAGAGCAUGGGUUUGUUUUAUGAUAAUCGGAUACGCAUGUAUAGUGAGAGACGGCUGACUAUACUUUACAGUCUUGUGAGAGGAGAGCAGGGAACACCAUACCUAAAACUCAAAGUUCGACGAGAUCACCUCAUUGAAGAUGCUCUUGUUAACGUAAGUACAUGUAUUAAGCCCUCAACCUUGAAAAGGCACCCACUUCAAACAAGAGCCCACUCUGAAGAUACAGUGUAGUCCCAUAAGCACCCAGCCUUGAAUAACGCAUUGUUUAGCCAGGGAGCAGGGUUUGUGUUUGGGUUUUGCCUUACUGCCCCUUUACUGCACAUGGCUACCUAUUACACCAUCAGCAACAGCUUAUGUAAAUGUUAUUGAAAUCUCUGCAGGCUCUUACACAAUCUAUGUAACUCAGUCCUUGUGUGGAGGUAGGCCACUGAAACAGUUUCAAAGCUGACAUCAGAGCGAGAGAUGAAGGGCUAACACUCGAAACGUUAGCUUUGAAAUUCUUUAUGGUGGCCUAUUUAUUUUUACUUUUCAACUCAGUUGUUCAUACUAAAUUACCCUGUUAUACUCUCCCAUCAACCAGCACCACACUUUCUUCUUGUGUGCAGACUUUGAUUAGGUACACAUAAAUAUGAACUACACUGUUACAAAGUAUCUUUUUUCUUCAAACAGCUUGAAAUGACUUCACAAGAUAACCCAGGUGAUCUCAAGAAGCAGUUGUAUGUUGAGUUUGAGGGAGAGCAGGGAAUUGAUGAAGGAGGAGUGUCUAAAGAAUUCUUUCAGUUGGUUGUUGAGCAAAUAUUCAACCCAGAUUAUGGUAAAUAUAAUUUUUAUGAUUUUAUGAUUUUAUUCUCUGACUUUUAACAGCACCUUUGAAGAACUCCUUUUUAAACUGUGUUUCUGAAUCUACUUUUAUGAGAGUAAUACAGUGAUUAAGUGUGAAAAGCGAGACUUUGGGUUGCCAUACUCAAACAGAAGAGGCAUGAAUCUUUUACAAUUUUCUGUUAUCUAAUGGCUACAGCUACAUUAGACUCCACAGCAAGAAUUUUAUUAAUGUAUUCAAACAAAAAAUCCACCCUAUCAGUUUAUGUACAUGUACAGCUGUAGCUUAUUAUGAUCUCCUUCUGCAUACAUCGUACACCUUUUUCCAGGUCUCCAGGAAGUAAGCAUUGAUGGGACUCAUUAAAUUGUGAAUGGGUGCAAAUAGACUUUUCUUCACAAGUGGCUGUAUUUCCUGCAGUAAAAUAGUUUCCACAGCCCUUAUCUAUAUUUGCAAUAGAGUUAUAUAUGAGGAUGACAAAAUCUUCACUUACCAGUAAUUGUAGUGUGGUGAACCACUUACAUGUUAAUGCCUACAAUGUACAAAAUAAUUUACAAUGAGCAUCAAAAUCAGUUGACACAUUGUGUUGGAAGGGUUCUUUUUUGUGAGUAGAUCCCCUCUCCCCCUGUUCAGUGUUGUUUGCUUGUAGCUAAAAGAUCGCAAAACUGCAACACUACAUUCUUUUGGGAGGAAGGAGUGCAAAUAAUUGCAGGUUAUAUUAGUCAGGACAAAAGAGGUAAAAGUAAAGUAGAAGGGAGUUGAAAGGUCAAUGUGUCAACAAUUUUGUUGCUGAUUGUGCAUAAGUUUACUUACGUAUUGACGAAGUUCAUUACCUUUUCAGGGAUGUUCACUUUUGAUGAGGCCACACAGUACUGCUGGUUCAAUCUGAAUUCAUUUGAGACAGAUAGUCAGUUCUUUUUGAUUGGUUUGGUCCUGGGCCUGGCAAUCUACAACAACGUCAUUUUGGAUGUGCACUUCCCAAUGGUUGUGUACAGAAAGCUUUUUGGCAAGAAAGGGACUUUUGAAGACCUCAAGGUUUCACAUGCGGUAUGUUCCAUAGUAAAAUUCAUUAUCACCUCCUGAUGGUGAGUGCACUAGCUUGCCCCAACUUUUUCAUACCUUCUAUAAUGGCACAUACAUUUUAAAUAAUUUGCAGGGCCUUGCUGCUGGUCUCCAGAACAUGCUUGAUUACAAGGGUGAUGUUGAAAGUGACUUCAUGUGUACUUUCACCAUUGGCUACACAGACAUGUUUGGCAUGUCAGUGACCAAGGAGCUGAAGGAAAAUGGAGCAGAAAUCAGUGUUACCAAUCAAAAUAGACAGGUGAAUGGAAAUUGAUAUUGAAGCUAUUUGUGUGCUUUUGUUGCUUUUUAUUGUUAAGAGUUGCACUUUCCCCUAAAUGUACCACAAUAUACCGCUACGCACGUAUUUGUUAGCUGGCACUUCUCGUUUGUUCUCCUCCUGUCGCCUCUCCCUUCAGAACUUUAGCUAGCUCAUAACUAAACUAAAAUUAUUCUUCACUCAAGGAGUAUAAUUUUAUUUAUAUUAUGAAUUAAUAAAUGACAAGUAAAGAUUUGAUCAUAACAUGAAUACCAUAGUGUAACAUUAACUUCUUGAUACUGUUUAACAUUAUCAGGAGUUUGUGGAUUUGUAUGCUGAUUUUAUCCUGAACAAGUCAGUUGAUAGGCAGGUAAAAACAAAACUGUUCUAUUGUUAUCGACAAUGAUUUCUUCACAAUUUCAAACAGUUUGUACCUUCUGUUUCUUUUAAUGGGACAGUGUUGCUGUUGUGCUAUUUUCCGUGUAUAACUUUUAUUAUUGGUUUUAUUUUGUCCUCGCUCAUUUGCAUCACAGUGCACAUUACGUCAAUACUCUAAAAGAGAAGGGAAAAUGUAAAACUGAGGUUAAACUAGAAUCUCUACGUACACAGGCUGUCUUCCCAUGACCUCUUCCGGGCAAUCUUUCUGUCACCUUCUCUAUAAAAUUACAGCUAAAUAAACUUGUUAAUGAAAAAGCCAGCAAUCAGACAGUCAUAUCAGCAACAAAACACUAUGUUAGUUUCUACAUCCUUUUGGGAAACUUUCUUUCUCUGUUUUGAGAGAGAUAAUUUGGUAAAACAGUGCAGAGAUUAUAGGUGUAAAUAGUAAUAAGGUGCAUCUGUGCUGUUUUAAUUUUUGUUUUGUUUUGUUUUGUUUUGUUUUUGACAGUUCAAAGCGUUUCGACGUGGUUUUGAUUUGGUGGUGAGUGAGUCACCUUUAAAGACAUUCUUUCGUCCGGAUGAGGUGGAGCUGUUAGUUUCCGGUUGCCAGGUAACAACUUUGAAUGUUAUCGUUACGAACAUCGCUUGGCUGUUAGGCUAGAAGUUAGGUAAUUUGGAGCAGCUCCCUGAAAAAACCUGUCGGCUGACCUUCGGUCAACUGUUGGUCGACUAAAGGGCAUUUCUAUUGAAUAUUUAUAACCAAAACCGAAGUUAUGCCAGUGGCUGGGGAAAAGGAUAUUAUGAUAAGGAGCAUCUGGAAAUUCCUUGUAAAAUGAAGCAGACUGAAGGCCUGAACUGCGGGGAAAAAAUGAGUAACCAAAUCGCAAUCGGUUGUUCUAUCAGCUACUGGAAAUUUCGGUUCAAUUGAAAAAUUUACUAGUAUAGAAGUUCAGUUAUUAUUAAAGAAAGUUUUCGCACGGCUUAAAUACCCGGGGCGCCUGGUAAAUUCUACCAUUAACACCUUCUUACAAUCAAGAAUUGUUGGUACGCAGCCCACACAGACGCCCAAAGAACCAAUAUCCAUUGUUCGUGUGGUCAUACCUUUCAAAGAUCAAGAAUCAGCAAAUUAUGUUAAGAAAGAGCUCAAGAAUCUUAGCAUGAAGGUGCAGACAACUGUCCAGCCAGUAUUUGUUAGCCGCAAAGUAAGCCAAGAUCUUAAAGUACGAGAAAUCAAGCCACAGAUUAUCAACCAACAACGCGUCGUUUAUCAAUUUCAAUGUGACCUGUGUGAUGCGGGUUAUGUGGGCUAUACACGCGGACACUUACACACACGCGUGGAUGGACAUUUGCUUUUCAUCAGAGACUUAAAACCCACUCUGAACGUGCAAAGCGAUUCAAUUCGCGCAAAAGUAUUUGUUUAAUUAGCUCGUAACAUAUUUAUGCUAAUUUAAUGUUACACUUUGCCACAAACUUCAUUCUUUAUUUCUCCUUGACAAUGGCGUCAUGAUGACACCGAAACGUCGGUUUUUAUCGUUAGUUUUUGCUAGUCUUUGCAUUUCUAAAUCCUUAUUGAUAAAAGUGUGCAUUUGUUCCUUUUUUGCCCUUCAGGAUUUCGACUUUGAUGCACUUGAGAAGUCUACCGAGUAUGACAAUGGUCUUUCUGAAGGCUCAACUGUAAUCAGGUACAAGCAUCGAUUUUUUUACCACGCGAGGAAAAUAAUCCUGAGAUAAGAUAAAGGAAUAUGUAAACGUUGACUGCUAACUCAUCUAGUAACUUUAAAAAAGAAGUUUGCGAUGUUAUUUACGAUGGAUUGCAAAUCUAACGUGCUGAAGAUCUACUUGAGAUAUUAGAGUCGGGAACUACAUGGCAAUUUUUUAACAGCACAAACAAUCAUGACCCGAUCACGACUUGAGGGCGACAGAUUUAUGAAUAUUUUAUAAUUUUUCUUCGUAAAACUUACAUCCUCCUCCGAGGCCGUCGUUUGUGCCUUUCAUGCAGCUGUCCCGUGGAAAGGAGAGUUGCAUGAAGAGUGCAGUUGACGGCUUCGAAAGAGGCGGUGGACCUUGAGUGAUGCUUGUAUGAUCUGACCGUAGAUGGUUCUGGCAAGUGGUACACGAGUUCACUUUGGAGCAGAAGAAGCAGCUGCUGAUGUUCACAACAGGAAGCGAUAGGAUCCCCGUCGGUGGCUUCUCCAAACUGAAACUUGUUAUCGCCAAGAAUGGCCCUGACUCGGACAGGUAUAAACUGUGACUGUAAUGGGGUGCCUAUGUUUGGCUUACUACCAGGAAAUAUUGAAAUAAUGAUCCUUCAGGACCCAAAAUGAUCUUUGCUAUUUUCUUUGCCCCUACAAACGGGAAUGUCUUGGAAUUUCCGCAUUUUUCUUUUCGAACGAAGGAGGCUGCUAAGAACGGCUUGAAAGUGAAUUAAUUUUACCUACGGUGGCCUAUUGUUAAGCCUUCAGAACUGCGUACCAGAGGCAACCAAGGUUGGGCCUUGACAGCUCCACCGUUUUGUGCUCUUCGGUAACUCACCGAAUUCUCACAGUGCCUCUCCCUCCCCCCGGUAAUAUAUAUGGAUGCCGACAAACUGCCAGUAUUAUCAGAGGAAAUUCCGUGAGGGGCGGGUAACCUGUUGUUGUUGCUUUGGUUUCUCACGGUCUUGUUUUCUGUUUUCCUCGACAGACUUCCAACCGCGCACACGUGUUUUAAUGUGCUCCUUCUCCCGGAAUACUCAAGCAAGGAAAAGCUUAAAGAAAGGCUGCUGAAAGCCAUUACUCACGCUAAGGGCUUUGGUCUUCUGUAGUUAAAUCACUUAACCCUUUAACUCCCAGAAAUGUCCAACAUCUAACUUCUUCCUUUAAUAACUGUACAUUUUCCAGCAGACAGGCGAUGAGAAUACUCAAACUUAUCAGAUAAAAGUUGUUAUCUUGAUCUAACACCAAAUUCUCAUAACUAAUUUACUUGGAAAUGUGUGUGCAGCUAGAGGAGAGAAUUAACAUUCAGAUCUUAAGAGUUGAAGGGUUAAACAAGGAUAUGGUGUUCCCCUAUCAACACAUAACUGGCAAAAUGGGAAUGUCAGCGUUUGAAAUAUUGGGAUUAGUUGAAGACUGUUUUAUGUGAAACUGAAUGUUACUGCUUGACAAUAAUGAUAGUGAAAUAUUAGCCUUAUAAUGACUGAUUGCGGACUACUCUAGGUUAGCAUACAAUUGAAUAUCCUCUAAAUAACACGAAUGUUUCCGCUCCAAUCUGCACACACGUGUAACAUUUUUCGAAUUGGGUGUUUGCGACGCAAACAGGGAAACGUACGCUACUAGUGUAUUCCAACUGUAUUGCCAGGGUAUGCCGCGAGUUGCGACGCUUUACAAUUCAUAUUUCAGGGCUGGAACCAUUCACCAAACAUGUGUAUUGGCGAGAAAUACUGAAUAUGGAAUGGACGGCUUAUCUCUUCUGACAAGGAAGAGUAUCAUGGAAUGAUGCGUAUAUUAGGAUUGCUUAGUGUCAUUCAUUUCUGCUAUUCCCAUAAUUCUCGAAGAGUUACCUACAAGAUGAAUGAGAUCGGACGCGAAAAACAUGUAUGCAAAGUUGACUGUUCUCAAAAAAAUUGUUUCACCUUAGCAUACUGAUAAACUCUACGGUUUUUUCCAGGACUUAUCGGGUCGAUGAUCUCUACCUAUGUUUAUUUCAGAAAUUCUUGUUAGUAUUUGAUCAAACGUGUGCAUAUUGAAGGAAUGAUUCUAUCGCAAAUUGUAGGACAUUGUAUUCAUUUUUCGACUCAGCUUGAUGAAUUUCUGCCCAAGAACAAAAAAAUAUAGACUAGUCAGGUUGGACAUCUGCUGAACCUUGAAACUGAGUCAAGCUCUCUUUAGGCUAGCACUAAUAGUAACGCAACCUUAUUAGGGUAAACCUAAGGCACAGUGUAACACGUAGGGCGUGCAUGCCAGCAUAAAUAAGCGUCAUAAGACCACCUAACUGGUAUCUUCAAGGAGUCCAUAUGACUGACUUGAAGCAAAGGUUACUGCAUUGGUGUUGCAUUUGAAUGCUGUAGAGAGACGUCUGUGUCGGUUUUAGUGUGAUAUUGCCGCAUGUUCUAAAGGAACGUGGGACAUUUACAGGGUCACAUUUACUUGUAUAGAUGUUUGCUUUUAGGUUAUUAUAAAUGUAAAAAAUGCUUUCGAGUUUCCGUUUAUGAGGUAAUUAAAAUUGUAUUUUUGAAAUUGAAGUGUGCAGUAAUAUUUUCUUAGGAAAACAGGCGUCGAAAUUUGAAUUUUCCUUCCCGACUUGCACUAGCCUCGCAGAGUUUUGGCCUUUUUUUGGUUUGAGUGCUUUCUCUUUUUAUGAUGGAAUUUGAUGAAAAACAAACAUGGAACAACAACAUCCUAAAAGAUCUGAUGUCUUUUUUUGCAAAAGAAGAUCGUUUUAGUCGAGUCGGGAUCGGGGCGACCUUUCCCUAGAGGGCGAGGUACUGGGUAAAGAAAUGAUGAAAUAGUUCACUUUUUUUUUUUUUUUUAACACAUCAGGGCCCAGUUGUUCAAAGGCCGAUUCAUGCUAGCCCAGGGUUAAAUUUUAAUGCAGGUUUCUAUAUUUCUUUUUUCCAAAGCCUUUUAAAGAAAAUUUUCCCUCUUCUCUUUAGAACAUCCAAUGAUCAAAUUGCAAAUAAAAUGGUUUUAACUGAAUUUUCUUUUAAAGCUUUCAGACCUGAAAUCAAAUUUCAUGCUAACCUUGGGUUAUCUUAACCCAGAUUUGAACAACCCGGGCCAGAAUAACAAGCAAACGCGAAGCUGAUCGGGAAGAGAAGUCACUCACAAAAUUUUCGGCUUUUUUCAGCUUUUUCUUUUCCAGCUAAGAAGCCAAAUUUUAUUACGGCGGACUCCUUCUGUAGCACCACCAAAUCAAUUCAAUAUUCAGAGGAGCGCUGACUCGUGUUGCCGCGGGGCACUAUCACAUCGUAAUCUUUUUAGCGCUCUCAACUCAGUUACCUACUUCUAAUGGAAAGUUAAAUUCCUGAAAAACGUGAACCAAACUGUCGCUGUGAAAAAUUAUACGACGAGCGCAAUGUUAGAUUGAAAUCAAAAAUGGCCGGUCGAACAAAGGAUCGCGAGCUUUUAGCGUUAGCUCGCAUUAACAAGACGCCUGCACUGCAGGGUAUUGACACCUGUGCAUUUCAACUGGUGGUAACUGAAGACAGAUUAAUUCUUCAUGAAGACAAAAAUUUUUAUUUAAAUUCUAAACCUCAAUGCAGUCGUUUCCUUCGUAUAGAAGUUUACUACUUGUAGCUUUGUUUACGUUCCAGGAAUGGCGUUCAUUUGGAAACAAUGACGUUGACAAUUUUCUGAGUAAAAAUCAUUCAUUGCCUUGGAAGGAAAACCUGAGUGACAGUAUUAAACAUGAAAACUUUGUUCAAUUCGGCUCGAAAAUUUCACGGCGUGUACAGACGGAAUUAUAUGCGGAAUUAGAGAAAGAUCCAUUUCAGCAAUGGAAUUACCGCUUGAGGUGGAGAGAAAUGGGCGACUUGAAACUUAAAGGUGAAUUGAUGUCGAAAGCCAUUCAACCUGGAAAUCCUGUCCGUUUGAAGAACGUGCUCAUCAAAGCGGUGAAGGGUCAGCAAAUCAAUGUUGCAGUCAUCGGAGGUUCAAAUAGUGCGGGAGGAAAAUUGGGAACAGAUGAAAAAAGUUUAGACGGAUUGUUUUUCAAAGUUUUCGCAGAUUGGUGGAACAAAACGAUUGGUAAGGUCACAAAGUCGUUCAUGAAAAGUUACGAGGUUACUAUUGGAGGAACUGGGAGUUACUUCUUCGCCUUUUGCUACAAGACCUUUAUCCCAGAAAAUCAAACAAUCGACCUCGCAUUCAUUGAUGCUUCUAUUAAUUUCAACAUGAGAGGCAAAGUUGAAGCUUUUGAACAAUUGACUCGUCAAGUGCUCCUAUAUCCUUCGGUACCCGCGAUUCUAUACGUAAACCUCGUCAGCGGCCUCGGUGUAGACCCAAAUACUAAAAAAGUUGUAAACCCAAGAUGCAUUAACUUAGAAAAUUUUGGCCAAACCGAAGUGGCGCGACACUACGGUAUAACCUCUUUUAGUUUGAAGGAAGUACUGUGCCGCAAGGAAGACGAUAAAUGGACAGCGGUCGUCACUAAUAUGGCCGGCUCCGAUGGCCGUCAUAUUGGUAUCAAGGCCCAUGCACUUAUUUCUAUGUUAAUGAUUGACUAUAUUCGCGAGGUUUUUGAUCAGGUUUUGAAUGACCUAAGCAAUGGAAACAUUACCUAUCGUUUUGCGCCUUUACCAGAAUUGUUAUCACUAAAACGAGACACUGAAGUUCUGAAACAACCGCUUUGCUGGACCAGGAUGACACCAAAUAUUUUCAAAGAUCUUCAUCGCCCCAAUAUCCAAAUUCAAAUCACAGAGAACGAUGGAUUUUCACCAUACGGUAGUUUCCGUGAUGAAAGAAGCUCAGACGGGAACACAAAUACAGACUUGCGAACAGAUGCACAGGGGGGGUGGGGAACGUGGCGGCGUUACAGUAGUAUAAAGUUUCGUUUUUAUCUUCCCUCUGUUAGCUCCUCUUACAACACCAGGUCUGUAAUAAUUUUGACACGAACGUCUGGCAAUGGCGGAAAGGCCGAGGUAAGGCUGGAUGAGGAGAAGAACAAAACGAUUUAUAUUAACACAAAGUCGAUCUAUGGACAAACUCGGUUGGAUACUGUUGCUACAAGGGUAAAGCCAGGAUACCAUACUAUCACAGUCAGAACAGUUUGCAAGGGAAAUUUCCUAGUGAGUGGAGUUGUAGUCGGACCGCCAGACUUUGAAAGACGAAAAGUUAUAUAA